AUCCCAACAGGUGGCAGCAUAGGCGGAAGUACCAGUUUUCGCUUCGCGCGCCUGCGGCAUGUCGCUGCGGCUCUGCGCGCGGCUGCCGCGGACCGCGCUGUGCGCGCCCGCGCGAGUGGCGCUGCGUAGCUUCAGCGCGAAAACAGAGGAGAAGAAAGUGCCUCCCGAGACCCCGGAGCAGGUGACCAGAAAGCUGCAGGAGCAGCGGGACUACUGGGAGGAGAAGAAGAAGGAGAGAUCCAAAGUCAACAUCUUCUUCUCACGAUGGGGAGGCAUUCUGUUCUUUGGCUUCUGGUGCCUGGUCGCCUGGCUUGGCAAGAAGUGGGGCGACUACGAGAUGUACCUGGUGGAAAGGGAGCUGGAGAAGCCGCGGCGCCGGCGCAGAGCGGAGGAGUAGCUCGGUCUCAGGCGGUCUCGCCGCGCAGCGCUUCAGCGAGCGAGCCGCGCGGGGGGGCGA